UGUGGUGGCCGGUCGAGCCGAAGAUAUGAUGCUCGGCUAAUGACUGUUAGCCUGCUGGCAGCGAACGCCUCCGUUUCUCGGACUGAAGAGAAGCAGACAUGUCGGAGUUUCUGGCUGACCCGUCCGUCCUGACCAAAGACAAGCUGAAAAGCGCCCUGGUGGCCAAUAACGUGGCCCUCCCGAACGGCGAGCAGAGGAAGGGCGUGUAUGUGGAGCUGUACUUGAAAAAUCUGACCUCUCAAAACAAGAAGAGCGGCGGCGCUCCGGCUCCGACUCCGGCUCCGGCUCCGGACGCCUUCUCCUUCUCCAGCGACGAAGAGCUGCCGGCCCCGGUGGUCUCCAACAAGAGUCGCUCCGGCAGGAAAGCCACCAGGAAGACGGACAGAGUCCGGCCAGAGGAGAUAGAUGUGACAGAGCUGACCAACGAAGGUCUGAAAGACCAACUUCUGAAGUAUGGAGUCAAUGCCGGACCCAUUGUGGCAUCCACACGUAAGGUGUAUGAGAAGAAGCUCCAGAAGUUACUAGACCUGGGCCCACCUGAGGCGGUCGUACCCCUCUCCGAACCUACUCGAACUGACAACAGUCAGAAUGGCAACACUGACUCAGACCAGUACAGCGAUAAGGAGGAAGAAACACCAACAGCAGUCCCAGAGCCUGAACCCGAGCCAGAACCCGAGCCAGACCCAGUCCCAGUGGUGGAGAGGCCAUUGAGGAGCAGAGGAAAAACACCAGUCACCGCCAGAACACGCAGUGGCCAGCACAAGAUUGAGAAGCUGUCAGCUGUUGAGCACACCCCAAAAACUGCAGAACGAGAUGUGCUGAAAGAACUGUUCCCCAACGAGGCCCUCAACACACCCACAGGAAUCAGUGCUACCCGUCGCCAGCCGAUUAAAGGAGCAGCCGGUCGGCCCUUCAGUGACGCGUGGAGGGACGAACUGCGUCCACGUCUCACCGAGCUCAGACAGACCACCUCGUCCUACACAGAGAGCCGUUCCAUCUCUCGCGCCAGCGCCACCCCCCUCUCCUCCGCUCCCCUCUCCUCUGUUCCCCUCUCUUCCGUUCCCCUCUCCAGCGUUCUCAAGCCUGCAGCGCCGCCUAGUGUACAGGCCAAAACCCGGCGCCGCCUGCCAGUGUGGGUGCAGCUGCUGCUCCUCAGUGCUGUGGCUGGCUUCCUAUUCUUUGUUUACCAGGCCAUGGAGACCAACGAAAUCAGCCCGUUCGGCCAGCCGGAAAGCAGCAGCUCGUCACAGGGCACCAGCAAAUGAACUCCCUUUCACUCACGUCCCUCUUCGGUUCUCGCCCCAGCUAGAACUUCUCUUCAGCAGCCUCGGACAAUUGGUCAAAAGACCACCUGUGGACUUCUUUUUUCCCCCCUCCAUACAUUCAAGACAGUAAACCACAGAUUCUCCAUCUUUGUUCUCAUCUUUCUAACUGACGUCUGGUCAUCGUCCAGAAACAAAGGACCUUCUGCAGGUUUAGGUGAACCUCUUUUGUCCCCAAGUGUGAAAACAUUUGAAUUUUUUUUUUUUUUCUCGUCUGUUUUGAGGGUCUCUGUUUUGGGCUCUUUUUGGUGCUGGGGAUGCUUUUUGGUGGGUUAAUAAGAAGCAUCUAUGUGAAGAUGAAAUUAAGGACUAGCCAAAGGAGCAGUGAAUAAUCAUGUGUGUGUAUGUGAACAUGAUCUGUAAAGGCACACUGUGGCUCUGGAUUCACGGGUUAGCCAGCUACGGUUUUAACCCUCAGCUCUUUGCCGCUGCAGUUACUUUCACUUAAUUAAGUCCGCCUUAAACUGUACUGAACUGAACUGAAAAUAAGGCCGAAUGGUCGUCUCACUAGCCCAUGAAUCCUGCUUCACGGUGAGCCAGACUAGCGUCUGUGUGACAAACGUUUGCGCAUUUAAUUUCAUGUAUUUCUCUGUAAGAGCGUAACUCAUUUAACACUGUCGCCUCUUAUAGUAUUUAUGUAUGUAAAUCGCGUUUGAAGUAUAAUAACGUUGAGGAUCACUUUGAUUCAGGUAUGACGCCACAAACUUGUGCCAGUAUAUUCAAAAAUGUCACUGCUGGCUUCUGUUUAAAGAGCAGGAACACCUGGCUCUUAAAGGGCAAUUCCACCCAAAUUUCUGCAGAAUUCAAUCGCAUGUAAACACAGUCACUCAGAGUUGUUUAAUGUGGAUGAGAAACUUAGCAAGUCAGAAUUGUUCACAGUGUUGGUGAUGGGAACCAGACGUCUGAAGAGUUUAGUGCCAUUUAAAGUUCAAUUUUGGAAAAUUAUUACAUGAAAGGGUUGCAAAACUGAUACCUGAGACGCUCGAAACAUUUUUUUAAUAGUGAAUGAAUGGCGGAGAGAUACAUGCAGAGUGUUAUGAGGCAAAAUAGACCCCAAAGAAAACACAUUGAUUCAUAUUUCCAACUUUAACAUCAACAUUCCAUAUAAACUCAGAAGACUCGUGUAGGUUCACUGGUGGUUCUGGAUAGUAAAUAAAAUGUCUAUAUUUGUAUUGUAGUCAUGGCGACCCCUGGUUCCUAUCACCAUCACUGUAAAGAAACCUGAAAUUUUCAAAAAGAGGUGGAAUUCCCCUUUAAGUAAAAGAAUAUCUUAUAUUUGUGAAAAUAAUAAUAAUAAAUAAUAAUUGACCUAAACAGCUUAUUAGUUUUGAUAAACAAUUUUCUAUCAUCCUAACAAUUUCAAAAUAUAUUGUAAAAUUUUUAAAAGUUGAAUUUUUUGUCUAUUCAAAUAGAAAAUGAUUUGCAUUUGGUAGAAUAUUUGUGAUCCCAACUAUGUUAAUUGAUGGCUUGCAAAAGUCAGUCAUAUGCAAAAUGUUUUGUUCAUAUAUAUAUUAUUAUUAUUUUUUUUUGUAAGUGAAAAUAAGUUAACACACUGCACAAUUUACAGCACAAUACAACACGAUUACUGUUAAUUUGUUCAGUUUAACAAACUGGAAAUAAAUCAUAAAUGUGGUUUGUGUGCAAAAGUCACAUUUUUAUGAUUUAUAUCUUUCCAAUCUGAACCCAGCAAAGAGAAUAGAAUCAGUUAACAUAUUUUCACUUAGAAAAUCAACAAAUCAUGUAUUUGACUGGAGGAUUUAAGACUUUUGCAUAAAGACUGAAGUGCUGAAGAUGUGAAGCAGCUUCUCUUCGCCAUUGUAAUUUCAGUAUAUCUAUGUCGUCUGAAGUACUUAAUGUAUUUAUUUGUGUUUGGGAGGGCGGAGCUGACCGGAGGACUUGGGUUGGGCUUUUGAAUCUGAUGUUUAGUUUUUGUUUUUUAUACUGUAGAUGGCACAAUAUUAUUUGUAGAAAGCAAAAAUAAACUUCAUAUCAAACUUU